AUGGAAGGAAAUUAUCAAGCAGAACUGGAUUGGGGAAUUGAAAAAAUCAAGAAACUGAUUGAUCUAUAUCGUGAAAAUGAAGUCUUGUGGAAUGUUUGGCAUCCUCAUUAUAAAAAUCGAGCUGUUCGAUACAUGGCAUGGAAGGAAAUGGCUAAGAAAUUACAUUGUCAGCCCAUAGUAACUGAGAAAAAAAUGAACUCGCUUCGUACUCAAUUUUUUCGAGAACAUCAGCGAAUGAUUUCAACGCGAAGAUCGGGCGUAGCUGCCAAUAGUAUUUACCAAUCAACAUGGCCAUUUUUUGAGUCAUUAAAAUUUCUUCGUGAUGUACAAGCUCCAUUACCAACAUGGAGUACGCCAUUGUCCAAAGAAGAAAUUUAUGGGCAACGAUCACAACCGUCGUCGGUAAUAUCUUCUAUGCCUAAGAUGGAAGUGAUUGCUAAUAAAUCGGAAUCAAGUCAUGAAAAAGAAGCAUUUGAUAGCCUACCGAAUAGAAGUACUAAUCCGUCAGCAAGCACCCAACGCUCCAGUAAGUUAUCCAACAGAGAAAAUUGCAAAAAGACACCCGUAAAGCGAUCAGAGAGUCCUGAAUGGACUAUUACUGAGAUCGGGAAUGAUCGUAGCAAGAGGAGUAAAUCGGAUAAUAAUGGUACGGAGAAGGCCUUGAAAACGAUGAAUGAGCUGAAGAUACAAGAAGGACAAGUUGAAGAUGAUUAUGAUCAUUUUGGUAAAUUGGUAGGAAAUGAAUUAAGAAAAGUUCUAGACUCAACAUCACUUCAAUGGACUAAAUGGAAGAUUAUAGACCUGAUAUAUCAGCAAACUAUGCCAAAAUCCAAUCCGUAUACUCGUAUGAUAGCGUGUAAAAGUAGUGAAGAUUUGAAUCCAAGUGUAUCUUGUCUAUGUCAUUACCGUCAUCCUUGCUAUCAGCCAUCAAACGGAAUAGAAAAAACAGAUGAGAGAGAAAAUAAUAGCAAGUCCAUCGAAUUGAUGGAAACUAUUAUCACAAAUAACACUCAAAGAGUUAAAUCAAUCGAUUCCAUUCAUGAUAAAGUGUCAUCUUUUAGUCAUACUCGUAAUAUUAUAGAAGAGUGCAGGCCAAAGGUAAUAAUAGAGCAUAAAUCAUUACAAACAUUAUCGCCAGCCGUUGAGAACUUAAAUAAGCAAACUGAACAGACUGUUCAUCAUCAUGUUAUAUAUAAGUUUGUCCAUUAUACUACUGUUUCGCCAAUAUCUACUAGUACCAAUAGCUUUAGUUCUAGUUUUCUAGACGAUUUCGAUACCACAGAUGUGGAUCACUUCUGCUAA